AUGGCGACCUCAGACCAAGAGUAUUUCUGGACCAGCAAUAUUCUCCUUCACGCCCUUGCAUCCCAAGAACGCCCCGACUCCAGCAGCAACAACCCAACCCGACUGCAAACGCAAACACAACAGCCAAUCUCAGACUCAGACAGAGACGCGAUAUGCCUACUAUUCCACGAUUACUUCCCUUCAAGAUUACCGCUUCCAUAUGCGGGAUUCGACAACCGAAUUGCUGCUUUGCGUGCUGACGUCCACAAACGAUGCUAUCCAAGGAACUUGACGAUAGUCGAGGAGGUGCAUCAGUUUUUCCUGGAGUUGAGGUCCUUGCUUUCUGUUUCGUGGCAUUCGCAAGGAGCUGCGAGCUACCUUAGGGACAUGGAUUUGCAUUCACAGGCGCAGGCUACGGCGCAGGCUACGGUGCAGGUUGACGAGGUGGAUCUCAAUAGCGACAGUGAGAACUGGCCAGAAAGUCGGAUCGAUGACGAAGAAACGUACCAUACAUCGAUAUGGGAAGCUCGUCGGUCGAAUGAAUCACCCAGCCCCGAUAAAAAGGUUUCUAGGAGACCAGUAAAGGGUGACUGUACGAUCUGCUUUGCUCCGUUGAAAAACGAUCAAACUUCUCCGCCACUAAAAGAACACCAAAGCGAACCGAAAGACGUUGCCUUUGUCAAUAACGAGCCAGGCAGUCGUGGUCCUGAUCCUGAUAUCUAUGAGGAUCAUGGUGACGAGGGAAACAACCAAUAUGGUGAUAGUUCUGACGAGGACGAAGGAGACGACGACGGCAACGACAGCAGCAGUCUCGUUUGGUGUAGAGAUUUUUGCGGAACCAACUACCACUCCCAAUGCUUUGCUCAGUGGAUUCCGCAGUUCAAGAAGCGGCAAGAUGUCAGCUGUCCUACAUGCCGGAGACGCUGGAAAUACUGGGGAGGGAGGAAUUAUUGA